AUGGGUUCAACAGAUACAUCGAACACUGUUCGUGUCGCGGUAACGCAGCAUGAACCGAUCUGGCUCGACCUACAAGGCACCGUAGACAAGACCAUCACAAUCAUCAAAGAAGCAGCAGAAGCAGGCGCGAAGCUCGUCGCCUUCCCAGAAUGCUGGAUCCCCGGCUACCCGGCAUGGAUAUGGUCGCGCCCUGUCGACUUCGAUUGCGGCGUGAAGUACGUCGAGAACUCUCUCAAGAUCGACAGCCCGGAGAUGCGCAGUAUCUGCACGGCAGCAGCGGACAACACCAUUAACGUCUCUCUAGGCUUCUCAGAGCGUGACGGCGACUCUGUAUACAUCUCCCAAGCUCUCAUCGAUGAGCACGGCAAAAUCCAGAUGGCUCGCCGCAAGAUGAAGCCCACACACAUGGAGCGGACCAUCUUUGGCGAUGCUUCAGGGACUUGUCUUGCGAAGGUGGUCGAACUACCUGAAGUAGGCCGAGUCGGCGGGCUAUCCUGCUGGGAGCAUAUCCAGCCCCUGUUGAAGUACUACACCUUCUCUCAGGGCGAGCAGAUCCACGUAGCUGCGUGGCCACCUCUAGAUCCGUUCGUCGACGGCUCACCGGGCUUCUACUCAAUGUCCGUGGAGGGCUGCCGGACCCAGGCGCAAGCCUACGCCAUCGAGUCCCAAUCAUUCGUCCUCCACUGCACCGGCGUCAUCACAGAGGCUGGCCUGGAGAAGAUGAAGACGGUUGGAGCUCCUGUCAUGGGAAACAGCAUUGUCGGGUCGUCAGCUGUUAUCGCCCCGGACGGGCGGAUCUUGAGUGCCCCCGAAACUGCGAAUGAGCAGCUCGUCAUUGCGGAUCUAGACUUGUCACUUGUCACCAAGGCGAAGACGUUCGCUGAUGCUAGUGGGCAUUACAGUCGCCCGGACAUGCUGUGGUUGGGAUAUGAUGACAGAUUGAAGCCGGUCGCUAGGGCGGACGUCUAG